GCCAACGAGGAGUACCGGCGGAUGACCCGCAACAUCACUGGCCAGGAGAUGAAUGGGAAAUUGGCGGAAUUUGGGAGGCAAGUUCGCUCUGUUAAAGCCGUUGUCAUCACCAUAUUUAACUUCUUCGUCACCGUGGCGGCCGCCUUCGCCUGCACCUACCUGGGCAGCCAGUACACGGCCUCGGAGCCCGCUCAUGGCCCACUCGGUGCCGGCCAGGCCGGAGCAGCAGACGCGCUCCCCAGCGCGGGCAGCAGCUCGAGGCACGCGCGGGGUCACUUCUCUCUCUUUUUCUGUUCCCAGCGCGUCCUGUUGGCGGUAAUCGUGGCCUCGGUGGUUGGCUUGGCUGAGCUGUAUGUAAUGGUGCGGACCCUCGAAGGGGACCUUGGGAAACUGUAAUCGCACGCAUCCCUGGAACCGUGGCCCUUGCGCUGGAGGCUUUUGCCCUCCCCAGGAGUCAUUAAUUUGGGGCAGGUUUAUCUCCUACCACCUGUCUGUACCUGCUCCUGCUACUGGGAUCACUGCUGCAUUCCUCAGGCCUCGUUCUUUGCUUCCUGCUCCUUAACGUUCCUGAAAUUCCAUGGAUUAAAAAUCCCGCAGCUGCAGGACAGAAGAGGGAACAGCUCUGGACUCUCACAUCCCAGCACAGAGAGAGGUGGCAGCUCCCGCCUGUUCCCGUUCUCCCGUGAAGUUGCUGUCCUGUUAUUCUGGAAAUAAAUAACAUUGCGUGUUUGUAACCUUC